AUGCAGCGUGACUGGCUGGGGGAUCUAGAUGGACGACAGUCAGUCCCGGAUCGACAGCAGGUCAAGCGAUUGAUUCAAGGCGUCCCACAGCAAGCCACCGAGGCAUCUAUGUCCAGGAUUUCGGAUCUCAAGCAACAUUCCAGAGGUCAAGGAGGGCUAAUCAGCAGUGCCGUGGACAUGACGAGCGCCUGGGACUUCUGUGUGGCUACUCAUCGUCGAGAAGCGCUACGCAUCAUCAGCACAUCCCGUCCCGCGUUGGUGAUGCUAGGCUCCGACGGGGAAGGGACGCGAGAGGAGAGUUCGAAGCGGCAUAUGGCGUUCAUGGUGCAGCUCGCCAAACUCCAAAUGGAUGCUGGACGCGGCUUUAUCUUGGAGCCACCUACUUCGUCCAACGAACGGAGAACACCAGAUGCCCUACGCAUGCUGCAACAACAACCAGAAGUGUUUUCCCUCGACAUGGAGUACAGUGUCAACGAGACCCUAUGGACUCGGAAUCAAUACCUUGAUCGGUCCGGGUUCAGUCCUCACCAACGAGUGUUUGGAUCCAGCUUGAGGCCUCCCAUGCACCUAUUGUCCGACGAUGCCAUUGCCAAGGAGCUGCUGCAGAACCCCCAGACGGACGUCACGCAACGCACACUACAAAUCCGGGAGAUUGCGGCAAAGGAGUGGGUGAAAACUCAGGACCGCGAAGCCGACAGUCUACGAGGAUACCUCGUCAAGGCCUCUCGUGAACAAGUUCGUGGAGCCACGCGAGAGGAGCGACAAGGCGCCGAGAUAUCCCAGCUCAUUUCUCCCGAGAUGCUGGACAAGAUGGAGUCGGGAAAGCUCAAGAACUACACCGACAUUGAGAACGAAGGAGCGCCCGGAAACACCGAGACAACAGACAACAGCCGAGAAAGCCAGCUCGCCGAGAACAUCCUGGAGCCUAUCCCCGAGGAGCUCGACGAGCCGAUGCCGGAGCACGAAAUGAACAUCGCCGAGCCCGCGACGGAGAACCUCGAUCUAGUUGCGGACGCGAGCACUCGUGCACCAUCCAGGGCAUCGGGAGAGGGAACACCAGCAGUGAGCACACCAGCUCCGUCUCGACGGGCGAGCAUACAAGUCGACGAGGCCUCGGGUGGCACGAUGCCAUUCAACCCAGUUCGCAGGAACGAGAGCCAAGAACAUCGACCAAUGCCUUACCCGUUUUCGGCGACGCCACGACCAUGGCCGGCGCCGGAGACAAGGACUACGUUCCUGGAAAUGGCAGAAGACUCCCCGGACAACACGGAUGGUCGCAAGUACUGGCGGAACAAAGUACGAGACCGGUGGGAACCGGUCGCAGCUUCUCAAGAAACCUUUGUCGGCGAGCAAGGUGUAGUGACGUACAGCUACCACGACAAGCGCUUCUACCUGGCGAAGAAGAAGGAAUCGCCUGGACAGGUGCAGUUCAACAGGCUGAGCAAAGAUGAACAAGGCAAGUUUCAGAAAUCGAGAAACAAAGAAGUGGCCUCGUUGGUUGAGAGUGGGGCUAUCACCAUCCUGUCUCUCGAGGAAAGCCGAAAGUUCAGAGCUCAGAAUCCCGAUCAUGUGAUUCCUAGCCGAUAUGUAGAUCGGUACAAGCCCACGGAGGAGUUCUCUGUGCUGCCCGACAACUUCGAUGGACACAAGUUAUCCGCCAAGGAGGCGGAGAAGGUAGCACCAAAAUCAAGGUGGUGCGUCAUAGGCUGGCGCGACCCUCUCAUCAACGACAUCGAGCGGUCAGCUCCGACACCGUUGACUCAGUCAAUGUAUCAGUUCCUACAGCUGUCGGCGACGAGGAGGUGGCCGGGAACAGUCAAAGAUGCUCGUACAGCGUUUCUACAAGGCCGUCCCACCACAAGGGCUCAGAAGCUAGCGUGCACGAUGCCAUCGGAUGGCAUCUUCGAAGGGUGCCACCCCGAGCAGCUUAUCCUGUUGAACGGCGAAGUGUACGGCCUGCAACUUGGAUACCGCAUCAAUGCCUACGACAGGUGUGUUCUUACGCUGGACAGCAAGGAAGGCGACGAGCAUCCCAAGCAGACGCAAGGGAUCAUAGUCAUCGAGGUCGACGACUUGCUGGAGGCCGGUGGCAAAAGACACCAGACCUUGAUGCGGCAGCUCGAAGAGCGGUUCAAGUUUGGCAAAAUCGUCCGAUUGCAAGACCAUCCAGAAGGCACGUCAUAUGCCGGCCGGAGAAUAAUCCAGGACAGCGACUACGGGUACCGCUACUCGAUGCACGACUACAUCAAGCACAGGCUCAAGUUCGUGACGAUCAACCGGAAGGUGACGCAGAAAGCUGCAGACAAAACUCCGUGCACCCCAGAAGAGAUAUCUCAACUUCGGGGCGCUAUCGCCUCGAUCAAUUGGGUAGCUCGCGAGGGGAGGCCCGACGUAUCGGCAGCGGCCUCUAUCUAUGCCGGUUGUGUAGCAUCUCCCACAGUUGCUCAAGCAUGGGCCAUCAACGAUGUGAUCGGACACCUCAAGAAGCACGCCAUCACGCUGAGAGUGCACCCAAUAGUUGAAGAAGAAGUGAGACAUGUGCUCAUCUCCGACUCCGCCUUCGACAAGUCCGGAAAGGAGAAGUCUCAGCAUGGUUGGCUUCAAGGCAUGACUACUCCGCAGCUGAAUCAAGGACACGAAGCUCCUGUCUCCCUCAUUGCCUGGAAGUCGCGGAGAUUACGUCGGAAGGCUGGAAAUACGCUACUCUGUGAAAGCAUAUCACUCUCUACGGCGUUGUGGGCCAUGGAGAAACAAGUGGCUUUCUGGAAAAGCAUUUGCAACAGCCACUUCAAUCCACGCGACAUGGCAGUGGACAUUGAGGUAGAGCUCGGACUGCGAGGAUCGGCAACAGUAGUGGCCGAGGAAAGCAACGAGUACAAGGAUCCCGAAGUCAUCGCCAUUGCGGACGCAAAGAGUCUGUUCGACACGGUCAAGAAUGAGCAAGCACAAGGUGAAUAUGAUCGCUCGGCACUAGAAGUCGAAUCCGGUGGGUACCCCAUAACUAACUUUAAUCCGGCUGACGCUCUCACCAAG